AUGGCCACGGCGCCUGUGGCGCAGAUGAGCAUCCGCCAGCUCCAUGAGGCAGCGCCGAGCAACGGCGGCGGAGUCGCCGCAGCGGAAGACGCCGCAAGCGCUCGCUCGAUAUACUGGUGGCGGAACUUCAUGCUCAUGUCGCUGCUUUUUGCCCUUUGCGACGGCAUUGCCUCUUUUGCGAUCGGCCUGGCCUCGUCUGCCCUGGACCCUCUGGUCGGCAGGGUGGGCACCGGGCUUCUCUUCCUUGCGAUGGUGGUCUCCGCGCUUACCGCGGGGCCCGCUGCGGUCAAGGUGCUGGGCUCCAAGUCGGGCCUGCUUCUCGGCCUCAGCCUGCAGGCAGCCUUCGCCGUGCUCUUCGCAUUGGCAGCUCAGCAAGUCCCGGGAACUGCACCCCAGUGGUGCAGCUACCUACUGGGAGGCGUCAUCAGUGGCUCGGGGAGCGGAAUCGCCUGGACAGCGCAGGGCACCUUCUUUGCCCAGAGCGUGAAGCUCGUGGCCACAGGGCAGCGCCAGGAGGCAACCCACCAUGAGAGCCUCCAGGUCCAGGUGACGACGGUGAGUCGUCCAGCUGCCAGCACGGACCCUGAGGUUUUUUGCCGCGCCGUGUCCGCAGAGGCCUCCUUCCACCGGAGCCCAAGCCCUUCUCUGAUGCCGCCGCAGAGGUUCCCUCGCGCAGUCACCAUCGGCACGUCUUGGACUGUGGGCGACCGAUCCCGGUCACGGUCCCUGUCGCUGGUCACCUUGAGGCAGAAUAUCUUCACCUCGCACGUUUCUGCGGAGAGUGAGCCCGAUUUCGAGGAGGAGGAUUCCUCCGAGACGACUGCCGCAUUGGCGGGGCGAUUUGCGGCGGUCCUUCUGAUCGUGGAUGUGCUGGUUAAGGUUAUCUCCGGCCUACUGCAGGGAAGCUUCCUCCAGUGGCACUUUCUGGCAUCGCCCAUGAGUCGGGUCACCGUGCUUUAUGCUCUGGCCCUCAUAUCCGUUGCCUCGGCUACACUGAGUGCGACCCUCGUGGAGCCAAAGCGGGAGGUGCCCCAAUCUCUGCUGCGCAGGACCAGUGUGACACCUUGUCAGGCACUUUGCGCAGCCGUGGCGCUGUGGCCCUCCCGCAAGAUUUGGCUGCUCAGCUUCACCAACAUCGCUUUCGGCCUCAGCGCCGGCUACAUGAAUGGCGUGGUCAACACCGACCUCGCUGCAGCCAGCCCGUCCUUCGGGGAGGCGUCCAUCGGCACUCUGAUGGCGUUAACAUCGCUCCUUGCGUCGCUGUUAGCCUGGCCUUUGAGCAAGAUGUCUGCGUACACAGGCAAGGGCUUCGUGCUGGGACUCGGUAGCCUGGCAUUGGCCGUCAUCCCUCUGGCGGUCGUUUUGGGGCAGCCAGAUGAGGCCAACUCCUUUUGGGGGCCCUGGCUCCUGGUGCUCUACGCUUUGCAGGGAUUGGGCCGAAGUGUCUAUGAGGGCGCGAACCGGGCCAUCUUCGCAGACAUGUUCUCCGAGGAGGAGAGUUCGGGAGCUUUCGCCAACUGCAUGAUGCAGAGCGGCCUGGCCUUCUUCACAUCUUUCCUCCUGCAGGUCUUCCUACCUGGCUCGGCCUGUGACACGGCUGUGGCCGUGAUCGUUGUGGGGAGCUCUGCUAUGGCCCUUCCCGGCUAUUUUGUGGCGCGGAGGUUGUAA